AUGGUAGUCACUGUUGUCGGAAGUUUUCAACCGGCCGUGCUUGACGAACACGGCACCAGCUCCAACGAUGCGCGUCCGCGCCGACCGGAUUAUGCUGUGAAGACAAUCAACGUCACCGGAUUUGACGUCGCUAGGACAUAUACAUCGUCCUCGUCUUUGUUGGACAAGGCGAAAGCCGCGUAUGCGCAUGACGCAGACGCGAAGCAGCUGAUCGAGUUUCUCUCAGCUCCUUCCAACGAAGCACGUCGGAAGUUGGCCCCUCAUCUACAAGCGAGUGCACACCGGUAUCGUUUGCACGACGGUCUACUGUUUUACAGCGAUGUAGACGGCAAUGCGGACCGCAUUGUCGUGCCGAAUGAUCCUGACCUGCGCACCUGGAUCAUGUACGAGUAUCAUGAUGUCCCCACGACAGGACAUCCGGGACAUGAGAAGACGUAUUCUCUUCUCACGAGAGACUUCAACUGGAACCACCAGUACAAGUGGGUGGCAAUGAUACCUGCACCUCACUCACAAGCCCCUCUGCAAACAUUGCUGAUUCCGUCGGGGUGUUGGGAGUCCGUUUUGAUGGAUUUCGUGUAUGGUCUUCCGCGCAAUUUCAUGCUGAAGACUGGAAUUGGGGUCUUGGCUACGACAGCAGCAAAAUGGUGCAUAUCGCUGCUGUCGCAGCGCCGGUGA